AGAACCCAAAUCCGGGGACGUGACAGACGUCGUACACUCGUGAGACAGGUCCCACAAGUGCACAAGGCUCGGAACUUAUCAUAUCACAUCUAAUACCAUCAAAAUCUGAAGAUCAAAUCUUUAAAAUUUAUACCGAUAACAUAAAAUCUCCAAAUACAAGAUCAUGAUUUAUAUCUAAAAAUCUAUAUCAAUCUCGAAAUGGCUAGCUUUUUAACUCGUCACUUCCCGUUGUUUCCUCGUCCUCGGUUUCAUUUCCUGAAAUGGUGGACAAGGAAAACUAUGAGAUAAACUCAGUAAGUAAAUAUGGAAUGCCCCUUAUUUAAACUUAUAGCAUGCCACAUGUGCAAUCACGCAAAACGGAUACAGUACGGGAACGAAAUAGACGUCUCCUCUAUAGUAAGUGUUAGAAUAGAGAAUGGCAUCAUCGACGCAAAGUGCAAUCUCAUCUUAUUAAGAACGGCUUCAUGGAUGGGUAUUUUAUUUGGAAAAGACACGGAGAAAUUAUUCAUAGAAAACGGUUUUGCACCGAAGCGGGUGAAUCAUCAAGUGCCGCUGCUGCUGCUGUUGCUAUGAAUAAUAUUCCAAGUGUCGAUCAACUCAGAGACAUGCUUCAUGAUGCCAUGGGACCAAACUUUUUUAAUAAUGAAAAUAGUGCCACAGGGGUAGAAGAUGCAACACAAUUUCAUGCUAGUUUUGAUGAUCCAUAUGGUGUUAGUAUAGAAUCGAUAUUUGAGGAGCUAGGAGGAGAUGCAAAAAAGUUCUUUGAUCUUUUGCGAGCAACUGAUACACCUCCUUUUAAAGGGUGUGAUGAUGGUAUCACUGUCUUAAACUGGUGCCAAGAAGAUGUUGAGGCGUCUGGGUCCCCGGUAUAAAAAGUAUGAUGUUUGUGUGAACAAUUGCAUUUUGUAUUAUGGAGAAUAUGAAAGUCAGUGUUAUUUACAGUGCCCGGUAUGUGAAGAGCCAUGAUUUAAGCAGCAUGAUGUGCAUUCUGCUAAGCCUAUACCAAGAAAGUCUUUGUGGUAUC